AUGGAGACUCCAACUCCUGAUCAUCCAGGCAAUGACUUAGAGGUCCUUAAGAAGAUGGAAGAUGAACAUUUACGAUUACAGAGACAGGUUAAAGUGAUCCAGAUCGAUCGUCUCCACCGUACCAUGGGCGUACAUCCUCAGUGUCGGAGUCAAGACGAACUGCUGCGGUGCCUGAAAUCGGAGUACAAUAAUCUCUGCAAGGAUUUGAAGAUAGCAAGAUCUGGGGCUCAUAAGAAGAAGGACAAGAAGAUGAAACAGGAUUUAAAAGAUGCAUUGUUGUUUAGACUUCAAGCAGAACAGGAGUGCGAAGCUGGAUUGAUAGUAACAAGUGAGAUAGAUGACUUAUUAGUGAGGAACAAUAAGGAUACAACUCACUUGCGAAAGAUUGCCCAUACGGCUAGAGGUCAGCUUAAAGAACGAAGAAUACAAAGUGAACGGCGUUUAAUAUCGACUGAGAAUAAACUGGAAACCGCCCAGUUGAGGUUCAACGACGUGCAAUGUCAAAAUAACAAGAUCAGAGAGGAAAUUGAACACAUGUUAAAAGAUCGCGUUCACUUCAACCAGGCAUGGAACAAAAUGCUGAUAGUUUUAAAUAAAGGGAAAAAGUUCCUGGGAGAUCUGUUUGAAUCGUCAACCCUGGCGUACGACCAACGAGAUGAAUGGGUUGCAAAACUCAAAUCAAUCCAAGAGAAAGGCAAGAUUGAUCAGAUGCUGCAGAUACAGGAAAUGCGAGACCUCAUAAAGGCUUAUAACCACGAGAUGAAAUUGUAUCACUUCCUCGCCACUAAAGGUGUUACCAGAAUCAACAAGAAACAAGAGCAAAAGGAAGAGCAAGACAAAAUAAAAGAAGAAGAGAAGAUUCUUGAACAAUAUCACCAUCAUAUAAAAAUAUUGGAUGAAAUUUUCGAAUUCACGGAAAAAAUAAGCCUAAAAGACAUACAGAAGCAGUUCCUAUGGUGGGAGCAGCAGAUUGACUCCUUGUAUAAUCUGAUGACUGAAUACUGCGCUGAAAACGAAGUGCUGCUCCGAGAUGUUAAACGUAUACGGCAAGAAACCAAUGAUCGCCGAGACUAUACUGAAGCAGUAGAAGAAUAUAUAGCAAAGAGACUGACGAAGAUGCAGAACGAACUAGAAAUAAGAAGAGCAAAGACAGAAGAACUCAUGAAGAGGGAUGAGGAAUCUCAACAAGUGUUGAAAACCACAAUGAAUCACAUAAACGAUAUUUUUAACUUGCUUGGCUGCAGCUUGGAGCCGUACCAGAAUCUUCUUGGAGACAAGGGUCCCUCGGUCUAUCAGAUAAAACUGACUUUGCUACUCAUUACCGAGAAAAUCAAAGAAUAUAAAGAAAUCGUUUAUUAUUACGAGCGGUUUUUGCACAAGACACAAAAACCCGACAAGACUGCUUCACGGUUUAAGAAGUACACGGUGCACUGCGAGAGGCCUGCACCAUUCAGCCCUAUUGCUAUCACGGCGCUGUUACCCGCUGACCCUUGUUCAGCAUGCGUUGAAACUCGUUGGCUUUCACGGAUUUCUGAUGGCUUGCAAUUGCCUUUCACCAGUGAACAGGCACUUCGAGCCCUAGAAGAACUAUCUUCGGAUCCUGCUUACUUGAAGAGCGACAGAAUCCACACACUGACUGAGUGCAAGGUGCCGAGAAGUAGGGCCUUAUUAGCUCGAAGAUAUAUGAACUAUUAA